AUGGAAAAAGGGCAUAACAUCACUGCUUUUAUUCUUGUGGGACUCUCCUAUAAGAACAUUGAAGUCUUUUGCUUUGUGUUAUUAUUUUGCUACAUUGCUAUUUGGCUGGGAAAUGUGCUGAUAAUUUCCAUCACAUGCACGCAACUAAUUGAACAACCCCUGUACUUCUUCCUCAAUUAUCUCUCAUUCGCUGACCUUUGUUAUACAUCCACAGUCACUCCCAAGCUGAUGACUGACUUACUGUCAGACAGAAAGACUAUUUCCUACACUAACUGCAUGGUGGAGCUCUUUGCCACCCGUUUAUUUGGCAGCAUCGAGAUCGUCGUUCUCACGGGGAUGGCCUAUGACCGCUACAUGGCCAUCUGCAGGCCACUGCACUACUCGGUCAUCAUGGGCCAGCAAAGCGUAGGGGGAUUCCUAGACUCUGCCAGUCAGUUCCUUCUCACCAUCUCCUUAUUGUUCUGUGGACCCAGUGAGAUAGAUCACAACCCUUGUGCCUUGUACCCUUUGCUGAAAUUGGGCUGUUCUAACACACACAAGAUAGGUCUCUUAGUCAUUGCUAACUCAGGCUUAAUUGCUUUGGUGAUUGCUGUCUCGAUGUUGUCUUACUUUUUCAUACUGCUCACCUUAUGGGAGUUCCCUGCAGAGAGACGCAGCAAAGCCCUCUCCACCUGCAGUUCUCAUCUAACUGUGGUGAUGCUGUUUCUUGCACCAACAUUAUUCAUUUACUUUAGACCUGCUACAUCAUUCCCAGAAGAUAAAGUGUUUGCUCUUUGUUACACCAUCAUCGCCCCAGUGUUCAACCCUCUGAUCUACACACGGAGAAACAUGAAGAUGAAGAAUCCCAUGAGAAAAGCCAUGGCAGUGAGGAGUCACCCCUGCUCCAGCAAGGAAGUGAGCACCAAAGACGUGCAUCAGGCAUCUUCAGAGGAGAUGGUGUUCCUCUCAUGGAGAGUGUCUACAAUUGCAUUUGGGGUGAUAGCUGAGGAGAAGCAUGCUUCCAGGGAAGACACGGAUACUAAAAAGAAGGACAUGGGGCAGCCCCGUGUGCAGAGCUUGAAACCAUGGUCACUAUGA